GGGCUGAGUGCUUGCCGUAGUUACCGGGACGCGCAUGCGCCGGCGGGAGCCGUGCUUCUGAAAGUGAAGGCGUUAAGGACGGACUUGAGUCUGUAGGGGUCAGAGAAGGCACUUCCUCCUGCUUGGUGUCGGGCGAGAAAGCUUCAAUAUGUCUUCUAAUUUGUUGCCCAAGCCACGAAUGAGAGAUCUCCUGGGAAGACUUGCAAGAAGGAAUUUUCUGAUGGGAGUUACUUUAGUAUCAGGAAGCUUUUUUUUCCUGGAGUAUUUUUUCAUUCAAGCAAAGCAAAAUAAAUACAGAGAUUUCUACAAAACAUUUGACUUCAUGAAAGACUUUGAGGACAAGAAAAAAGCAGGCGUGUUUCAAAGUGUGCAGCCCUAAUGACAUCUAAUAAUCAUA